AUGGCGGCCAAGUGGUUCAAGGAGUUCCCGCUGAACCUCAGGACCGUGUCGGAGCGCGCCCGGCCCGGCGGCGGCGGCGGCGGCGGCGGGAAGCCGCGCAAGAACCCCGAGGCGGGCGGCGGCGCGGGGCCCCCCGCGGGCAAGGGCCGCAAGAACUCGGGGGCCGGCCCCGCGCCCCCCAAGGACAGCCGGCUGUCCCGGGAGAGCCUGCAGGGGCUGCUCCAGGCCGCCGCGGGCCGCGGCCGCAAGAACUCCCGCUCCGCCGCCCCCGACGAGGAGCCGCCGCGGGGCGCGGCCCGGAGCGCGGGCUGCAGCACCUACAUCAACCGGCUCAUCAAGGUGGACGCGCAGGACAAGAACGGGAAGGCCGGCUACCCCGGCGGCAGCCCCGGCAGCAGCAGCAGCAGCAGCUCCAGCUCUUCCUCCGCGUCCUCGUCCCCGUCCUCCCUGGGCCCCGAGCUGGACAAGGGCAAGAUGAUGAAGCAGCAGGACACGGUCAUCAUUCUAGAAGACUACGCUGACCCCUACGAUGCCAAGCGGACCAAAAGCCAGCGGGACGCGGAGCGAGUGGGCGAGAACGACGGCUACAUGGAGCCCUACGACGCACAGCAGAUGAUAACAGAAAUCAGACGCCGAGGAUCCAAAGACCCCCUGGUGAAGGCCCUGCAGCUGUUCGACGGCCCCGGGGAGCCGGGGGAGCCGGGCGCCAAGCCUGAGGCGCUGGCCCGCAGGCGGAGCUCCAAGGACCUGCUGGGGAAGCCGCCGCAGCUGUACGACACCCCCUACGAGCCGGCGGCCGAGGGGGGCCCCGAGCGCAAGGCGCGGCCCCCCGACACCCACGGCCGGCUGCCCCAGGACGACGAGAGGCCCGCGGCCGAGUACGAGCAGCCCUGGGAGUGGAAGAAGGAGCAGAUCGUGCGGGCGCUGUCAGUUCAGUUCGAAGGCUCCGAGAGGCCUUCCCCCAGGGAGGAGCCCGCGAGGCAGCACCACCGGCAGAAGAGCUGGACCCAGAAGAUCCUGAAGCCGGCGCUCCCCGACCACGGCGAGGGCGAGCGCGUGGACCCGGGCCUGCCGCUGGACAAGCAGCCCUGGUACCACGGCGCCAUCACCCGUGCCGAGGCUGAGAGCCGGCUCCAGCCCUGCAAAGAAGCUGGCUACCUGGUUCGGAACAGCGAGUCCGGGACCAGUCGGUACUCCAUUGCACUGAAGACGAGCCAAGGCUGCGUCCACAUCAUCGUGGCCCAGACCAAAGACAACAAGUACACCCUGGACCAGACGAGCGCCGUCUUCGACAGCAUCCCGGAAGUGGUGCACUAUUACUCCAACGAGAAGCUGCCUUUCAAGGGGGCGGAACACAUGGCCUUACUCUACCCCGUGCACAGCAAGCUGCACUGA